GUCCCUUGGUAGUUCGUCCACUUCUGCUCCGACCUCGCGCCAGACAUGGCUAUCUCCUCCCUCCGACUCCCGCUCUCGCCCUUUCUCGCAAAGUCUCCAUUCCCAACUCCUACUUUUAGAACUUCUUCAAUCCUGAUAAUACCCCUACGACUGACCCCAAUUUACUUCCGCUGCCUGUCUUCAUCCCAAGACACCACCCCCCACUCGGAGAACAAAUGGGAACCCUUUCGAAAGAAGAAAGUCGUCAUGCGUGUCGGCUACGUCGGAACCGAUUACAGAGGUCUACAAAUGCAACGAGACGAGCAUUCAUUAUCAACUAUUGAGAAGGAAUUGGAAACUGCCAUUUUUAAGGCUGGUGGCAUCCGUGAUAGUAAUUUUGGGGACCUCCAGAAAAUCGCGUGGGCGAGAAGUAGCCGAACUGAUAAAGGAGUUCACUCGUUGGCGACUACAAUAUCGUUGAAAAUGGAAAUCCCCGAAUAUGCAUGGAAGGAUGAUCCUUGUGGGAUUGCUCUUGCAAGUUGCAUUAACGCUUAUCUUCCUCGCAACAUCAAAGUUUUUAGCAUUUUACCUUCACAGAAGAGUUUUGAUCCCAGAAGAGAGUGUAAUCUGCGGAAGUAUUCGUAUCUCCUCCCCGCAGAUGUUGUUGGGAUCAAAAGUAAUUUUACCACAGAUAAAAUUGAUUUUCAUAUCUCGGAUUUCAAUGAGAUAUUGAACACUUUUGAGGGAGAUCAUCCUUUUCAUAAUUAUACAAUGAGAUCGAAGUAUAGGAAGCAGUUUCCUGCAAAGAAAUCAUACAAGAAUGGCUGUGCAUUGAGAAGACAGAGAUCAUCUGAAGAGGAAUCAGAGUUUGAGUCCGGGGCAAGUGAUGGUGAAGAAAAUUUUGAAUUGAAUGGUCUAAGUACCUCAAAUUAUGAGGGACUGGACCAAAAUUUUUCAGCGUCCAAUGUUUCUCAUAAGAAUGUAGUUGAUGGUCACGAGAAGCAUGGAGAUGUCCAAAAUUCCAGUUUACCUGUUCUUGCAAGAUGGCUAUAUGAACCUGAUGAGACCGAUAGAAUAGGUGCUUCGCAUUUUAGAAAGAUUUUUCGUUGUUCUUGUACAAAGCUAGAGAAGUCUCUUGGAUAUAAUUAUGUUGAGAUCUCCAUAUGGGAGGAGUCUUUCAUGCUACAUCAGGUGAUUCUUUUUCCUUAA